AUGUCCGACGAGGCCAGCGGUCUCAACUACUACUAUCAAACCAAAUCUGGGGAGACUGUUUGGGAGCGUCCGAACGCCUUCGUGAUUCCCUUAGGCGUACUUCAAAACACCGCGCUCGCGCGAAGGCUGUCUAUGCGAGACCGUGGCGGGGAGACGAAUGGCAAAGGCUCUCAAAAGCAGCCUUCCGACACACCAGAACGGAUGCCAUAUCGUCGCUCCCGUUCGUAUACGUCGGACAAGGAUGUCGCGCAGAAUGGCCGCUCGUACAAAAGCGGUGGCGGCGCCCUAAACCCGCGCCCGUCACAGUCAUCCACGAGGAGCUCUCCGGGGCGCACACAGCAUCCCCCUCCUAGUCCCCAUACAUCUUCCCCGCGCACCGGCUCGUCUUCCAAGCGCCCGCCAUCCGGUCGCAAAUCGGUGUCGAGUCCUGAUCACCAGCAUGACAGCUCCGGUUCCCAAGCAGGACCACUUGCAUACGAACAAGGACAUCCGCUCGACCCCAUCCCUGGCUCUCCCUACAACACCGACGCGGCACCCUCACCAGCCCCGUCCGUAGGUGGACGCAAGUCGAUGUCGGGUACACCGGUAAACGGGCAGCGCGCAGGCACCCCGAAAAAAGACAGCAUUCCGCAGCGCAAGAGCACCGCCGAUGACUCCACGGUUGGCCGAUCUCGGUCAAAGUCUUCUUCCUACACGCAAUACCGCUCCCCGCAGCCUCAGAGCCUCAACGCCGCCCUCGAGAUGAUCGCACUGUCCAGCUCGCAGUCGUCUAAUUCACACGACAAGCCUGACGGAUCUGACAGCGGUCAUGCCGCGCGCUCCGCCACUCCGUCGUUACAGGAAUCGCCUCCGCGGGUCAGAAUCAACACUGACCCAAACCUUCUUGGAGUCGCUGCUCGCAGUGACCAGACCCACUCCAGCACCCCUCCUGAUACACCUCUACGAUUCAAGUUCAGAGGCAAGGACAAGAGCAGCGUACCCUCUACACCCAUGAAGCCUUCCCCUGUAGCGCCGCAGCCUAGGCGUAGUGUCUCUGGUCCAGCUGCUGCACAUUUGCGAGGGAAGUUCAUUAGUAGUCCCGUUCUGGAUCCUGAGGCUACUCGUCACAUGAGUCAACUGAUCAACCGAAAUAACGGCACACCCAUACCCAUUGACAUCUACCAGAACGCUGGACGCAAGUCAGAUGCUUCUUUGGACACAGGAAAAUAUCCGAUUCUUCCUGAUGACCUGGUGUCAGACAUCCAACGCUUCGCCGAAUCGGACUUUGCGCAUCGCUACUUCUCCACACACAAGACUGGGUUCAUCUUCAAGCGCACAGUCCCCGUCGCCCAGGUUAUGGCCUGGCAGAAGACGGCCAUCGCCGUACCUCUCCUUAACCUGAACCGUGCGUUGCACAAAGACGCCGUAAAGACAUUCAAAGUCAUCCAACGCCUCAUGGGUGACCGCGAACGCGAGCGGACGGGGGGAUACCCAUCGUCGCCUGUGAAGUCUUUCAACGGGUCUACAACGUCGCUCCCUCGCGUGUCUACCAACGCGCUAGUGGAAGAAGAGCGGUGGCUUCUUGGUGAAGGGCUAAGUCAUGGAGAGCUGCGGGACGAAAUCUAUUGCCAAGUGAUGAAGCAGCUAAAUGGCAAUCCAAGCAAAGAGAGCAUCUUCAAGGGGUGGCAGCUAGUCUGCGUGCUUCUUGUCACGUUCCCGCCCUCCAAGGACUUCGAGGCAUACUUGCGUUCGUACAUUCAACAAGCGACGAACCAGCACGAAGGCCGAAUCGACGUCAUGGCCAAGUACUGCUUGCGCCGCCUUGCAUACGUGUCGAAGAAGGGACCGAGAGGGAAACCACCAACUGUCGCAGAGAUAGAAACCGCUUCGGAUGCCGCCUUCCAUCCGUCGAUAUUUGGAGAGACGCUUGACGGCGUCUUCAGGUUGCAAGAGCGCAACUAUCCGGACAAGAAGGUGCCGAUCAUCCUACCCUUCCUCGCCGAUGGCAUUCUCGCGCUCGGCGGCACGAAGCACGAAGGCAUCUUCCGCGUGCCUGGCGACGGCGACCUUGUCUCGGACCUGAAGCUGCGCAUCGACAAGGGGUACUACAGCCUCGAAGGCGUAGACGAUCCUCACGUCCUUGCGUCGCUCCUGAAGCUCUGGCUUCGCGAGCUGUGCGACCCCCUCGUCCCCGAUGAGUUGUACAACGACUGCAUUACGUCGGCGCACAACCCAGAUGCGUGUGUGCAGAUCGUACAGCGGCUUCCGACGAUGAACCGCCGCGUGGUCCUGUUCGUCAUCAGCUUCCUGCAGCUGUUCUUGGAGGAGAAGAUCCAGAGCGUGACGAAGAUGACUGCGCCGAACCUCGCGCUUGUUAUGGCGCCAAAUCUCUUACGGUGCAACUCAGAAUCUAUGCUAGUCGUGUUCACCAAUGCACAAUACGAACAAACGUUCGUUCUCAACCUCUUGCUGCACUUGAAGUGUGCCGAGGUUGACUCCGACUUCGUGCCCACCCACGGGCAAGGCGCCAUCUCCCCUCGGCCGGCGACCCCCUCCGCUCCCCGCCAGUCGAAAUCUCGUCACCACCGUCCCAACUACUAA